GCACUUGCAGGCGAGCGCUUAUCAUGACUCGCAGUCCUAAAAGCCGAGGCGGUGCCUCAUCAAGGAUAAUAUUCGCGUGCAUCCUAAUUUUCGCAGGAAUAUUCCACGUGCGGUCAAGCGCUGUUGCAGAAACCGUAGCGUCUGAAAUGUUGGAAUCAGACGAAGAGGGAAGCUACGACCCCGAGGCGGUCUUCAGGCUGAUGGAAGCAGCAAGGUUGAGCAGGCGUUUGAAAUAUCAAGAAAAUGACACAACCACCUUGCCAAAAAAUCAUUUAAUUUCACAGAGUGAUAGCGUUCAAGACCGACAGCUUUCGUUUAGAGAGCAAGUUUCUCGGGGAAAAAUGGAGGGACAUGAAAACCCAGGCAGUGCAGAAAUUUUAAACUUGGGAAUGAUCAAGACGAGUGAUUCAACAACAACGGAAACUUAUACCAUUAGCAAGGAAUCUGCAUAUGUUAACGACACUGACGAAUUAACUUCCAGCAAAACAUCACAUCGAGAAGAUAAUAUUGAACCUACUGAGGAAAAGGAAACUUCUACUUUCAUAAAUUCCAAGCGUAGAAAAACAAGAAGAAAACUUACGUCGAAAAGAAAAAUUGAUGGAAUUGAAGCGUCAUUGAUGAAUGCUAAGGGAAACGAAGAAAGACUACAAAGCAUUCUUUCAAAAUAUGAUUUAAAACCACAUGCUUCACUGACCACACCAGCCUACGACGAAAAGCUCGAAAAUAAAACCAAAACCGACGCAGAAAAACAUAUCGACAAACACAACACUGCUACAGAGAACAACAGCACAAAUGGUUCGGUAGAAACUCCACUACAGGAGAGAAAAGUCACUUCGUCAACUAGAAAUCAAAGUUCCUAUGUGAUGAUGACUCCAAGAGAAAUUACAAAAGAAAAACUCGAUGAGAAUGCCCGAAACUUGAGGCUCAGACGACUAACACCAAAAACCAGAAUUGGAUCUCAAAAUGGCUCAAAAUCAGAAGAAAGCCUUGAAAGGAAAUUCGAGCAGCCAAAAGUGAAUGACGUGAAGAAAUUGACAUUACAUCAUGGCAAUGAUAGUAAUCGAUUGCGCAGUAAUUAUUCAGGAAGCAAUCAAGACACUUUGAAAUUGAAAUUGGAUGACUUCGUAAAAUCUAACUCACAAUCAAAAGAAUCUACAAAUCUUGAUUUAUUCCCAAUAUACGAACAAGACAAAGAAGGGCUUAUUGCAAUUGUGUCGUCAACUACCUCAAGUCCACAAAGAGAUUAUGCUAAUAAAAGAGUCCAGGAAUCAACGAUGAAAAAUAAAGAAAGCGACGAGUCAGAUAUCGAAAAGUACGUCGGUGCGUCCUCAACAGACGCCCGGCAAACGAACGACGAAAUAAGAAACGGACCCAUAUCUGAUUAUCAAGAAACUAUUCAAUAUUCCAAGAAUAUCACUUCACUCCCAGACAAUCAUGAUGCAGCAGACAACUAUCAACUUUCCGAAACCCGGGCAAAUCAUCAGAAAGCUGCAGGUACCAACGUAGUAGAAUCAGUCACUGCAGGAAAUUUGGGUACGGACGCUCGACCGAAAUUGUCCGACGCCGAUGUCCGCAAAAAACUGAGAUCGAGACUUACGCCUGAGCUUAGAAAAUCCAUCUUGCAGAGAAGUGCGAGGCUUCGAGCGAGGCGCCAGCAUAAUAAACAGCAUGGUAACGCCUCCACAAUCAACGCUCCAGCAACAGAGGGUGAAAUGGACGAACUUAGUACGAG